UUACAUUACACAAACACACAGGGAGAAUACAAUCCCACCCAGAGCUAGAGCAGGACGUGUACCAGGGGCUACAGCAGAGGAGCGGGGCAACGUGACGGAGUAACCCGGGGGGCUAUCCUUAGAGGGCUACCUGACCUGCCAAGAGUAACAAAGGGGGGGUCGGUCCUGCGCCGGUGACUGGAAGGAACUUCUCAGACAUCCUCAGCCCUGACUCACCGCGAUCUUACUCACAGUCACAACAAACUUUUGUCUGCUCUCCGCCGCCUUCCAUGUGACGCCGACAAAGGAGAAGAAAGUUUGGAUGGUGACACCACAAGCCUUGUUCUCAGGGUCGCAGAGCACAGGUGAAGCCUGGAGAACCAGGGAGUUAGCAGAAACUUGUGGGGAGCUCGUCUCUUGCCUCUAGCUGGUCCCCCGCCUCCCGCGCAGCUUGGAUACAGGGAUCUGCGGGGUCUCGUCAGGUUGGGGGAGAUUGGUCAUUUUCUGGUGUCAUUUCUGAUCCUCUGUGCACAGAAGUGGUGUCUUCUCCUGUCACAGCCAUGCCUCAGCUCUCUGGAGCAGGGGGAGGCAAUGGAGGUGGUGGGGACCCCGAGUUGUGUGCCACUGAUGAGAUGAUCCCCUUCAAGGAUGAAGGAGAUCCCCAGAAGGAGAAGAUCUAUGCCGAGAUCAGCCACCCGGAGGAGGAAGGGGACCUGGCAGACAUUAAGUCUUCUCUGGUGAACGAGACUGAGAUCACCCCAAACAGCAACAGCCAUGAGAUUUCAAGAAGAAGACAGGACUCUUACCAUGAAAAGUCCAGAGAACACCCAGAUGAUGUUGGAAAACAUCCGGAUGGUGGUUUAUACAGCAAAGGCCAUUCGUAUCCUGGAUACCCAAGUUACAUCAUGAUGCCAAAUAUGAAUAAUGACCCAUACAUGUCAAAUGGAUCUUUGUCUCCACCCAUUCCUAGAACAUCAAACAAGGUCCCAGUUGUGCAGCCAUCGCAUGCAGUGCAUCCCCUCACCCCUCUCAUUACCUACAGUGAUGAGCACUUCGCACCAGGAGUUCACCCUUCACAUAUUCCUUCAGAUGUCGGCUCAAAGCAAGGCAUGCACAGGCAUCAUCAAGCACCUGACCUACCUACCUUUUACCCAUUGUCUCCUGGAGGUGUGGGCCAGAUGACUCCUCCUCUCGGCUGGUAUUCACAUCACAUGGUUCCUGGUCCUCCAGGUCCACACGCAACUGGAAUCCCUCACCCUGCUAUUGUCAAUCCUCAGGUUAAACAAGAACACCAACAUAGCGACAAUGACUUAAUGCAUGUGAAAUCUCAUCAUGAACAGAGAAAAGAACAGGAGCCAAAAAGACCUCAUAUAAAGAAACCGCUGAACGCUUUUAUGUUGUAUAUGAAAGAGAUGAGGGCGAACGUUGUAGCAGAGUGUACGCUUAAAGAAAGUGCUGCCAUCAACCAGAUCCUCGGAAGAAGGUGGCAUGCAUUGUCCCGUGAAGAACAGGCCAAAUAUUACGAGUUAGCCCGAAAAGAAAGGCAGCUUCACAUGCAGCUCUACCCAGGCUGGUCUGCAAGAGACAACUAUAGAAAAGUGAAUUGCCAGGGGAAAUGCAGCGGGAUAAGGGUAAAAAAAAGAAACGAAAGAGAGAAAAACUGCAAGAAUCCACAUCAGGUGCAGGCCCACCAAGAAUGACAGCCGCCUACAUCUGAAGCAUGGGGGGAAAAAGAAUUCUUUCUCAGCGUGUAAAGCAAAGGCAGCCACGGCGGGAGGACUCUUGGAGAUGGAAGCUUGUUAAACCCCCCAACUUCUCCAUUAACAGUAACACAAUCCCCAAGGAGUCUACUAUUGACAUUGAAAUGCCACUGCUAGAGACACUGUACCGUAUAGACAAUCACUGCCUGUAGUUUGGCACCACUGGUACCCGGGGGCCUUCAUGUACCACAGCUAGAUCCACGAGGAUGGAAAACAUUGCAAGAAUCAUCAGGAUACAUUAAUAUCCAUCACAUUCAUACUUCCUACGUGCAGUAUUCACUGCAUACGUGAAGUUCUUGAAGUGACCCAGCCACAGACCAAACAGAGUUCUAACAUUGGACAUAAACCAUGGACAAAGCAAACCUCUUUUAUUUAAGAAUGGAGCAAAAGGAUCAAUUUUGUAUUUUGUUUCUUCUUUUUAUCAUUGUAUUGUUUAUCUCCAUAAAACUUGAAUGCUUUUAUAUAUCAGAUUUAGGAUUGAUUGAUGUAUAUUUUAUUAGUCAGGAUAUAAAAUAAUUUCCUGUCCCCAGCCCCACUUUCUGCAAAAACAAACAAAAAAAAAAUAUUGUGAUUUGCUUUUCUGCACGAAAAUGUCUUUUUUUUUUUUUUUUUUUUUAAUUCUUUAUUUACUUAGGGAUGGAUAGGCAGCCUUUGAUGCUUCCAUUGUGAAAAGGGUCAUAUGGAAAUAUAAUGUAUUAAAAAUAUAUAAAGAAGAGUUGUUUUUGCAGAGACAAUAUAUGACAUUGAUGUCGAGGUUAUAUAUUGGUAAGACAAGUAGGUAUCCUUAAAUUCUUAAAUGUUAUUUUAGGAAAUUAAAGGGGUACUCCGGUGCUUACACAUCUUAUCCCCUAUCCAAGGGAUUUGGGAUAAAAUGCCUGAUCGCGGGAGUCCCGCCGCUGGGGACCCCCGUGAUCAGUCUGAUU